GUGCAUCUCGGAGGCGUGGGAGAAAACUGACCAGGAUUAAUAGGGGUUAAAAUUCAGUUCUUCUACAUCAGUGUUGAGAGGUGAGAGGUCAUGGGAAAGUGGCAUUCAUGAAAGUGCCAGAAUGUCUUCAAAUACAAGUCUUCCUGCAAAAGGAUCAGAUGUAACGGUUUAUAUAACCAGGGUUCACUUGCAGCCCCUUUGUGUAUUGGUUGAGUUCUGGGGAAAAGUUGGCCAUGGGAACAUAACAGAUUACGAGGGCUUAACCAAAGACAUUCAGUCUCCUGGAGCUAUAUUUAAAGACUUGGAAGGAAAUCCUGGUGACCAGUGCUUGACUCAGAUAGAUGGCACUUGGUACAGAUCACGCAUUGUCUCAAGAAAUGGCUCAAAAUAUAGUGUGUACCUCCUUGACAAAGGGGUGACCUACACCACCACCUCAGCCACGCUAGCAUGGGGUAAGAAGGAGCAUUUUCAGUCACCCCCUGAAGUAGAGCACUGUGUCCUGGCAAAUGUGUUACCUCUCUCUGAGAGUGGAUGGUCUCCAGUGGCUCUUGAAUUUUUGAGAUCUCUCUGUGGAAAGUCUGUGGCAGCACAGGUGCAAGAUGUACUGGAGCAACAGAGAAUAUUUCUCCUUCACAUCCCUUGCAUAUCAAAACAAAUGUUUCAAAUGGGAUUUGCCAAGAAGUUGUCUUCAGUAGCCUUUCAAGAUUUUGUUUUCACGUCAUUCAAGUCCCACAAUAAAGCUGAUUCUUCCUCAAAUGUCCAGCAGGUCUUGUUGACAUCAAGUUGUCAACUGCGCAAUGAAGACCUAUUCAUGUACCCAGAGUUGUCGAGAGGAACAGUGGAGAUUGUGAUUGUAAAAGAAGUCAUAAAUCCACAAAGGAUUUUUUGCCAGUUGAAGGUUUUUUCACAAGAGUUAAAGAAACUCUCAGAGAAAAUUACACAGAACUACGAGGGCAGAGUUUCCAGUUGCAUAGUAAACCCUGACAUGAUUGGGUUUCCGUGCGCGGCAAGAGGAAAUGAUGGCAAGUGGUAUCGUUGUGUCUUACAACAGGUGUUCUCAGAAAAUAAAGCUGUUGAAGUCAUCAGUGUUGACUAUGGAACCAAGCAGAUUGUCCAAGUGGAAAAUGUAAGACCAUUGGCCACAGAGUUCUUCAGGAUGCCAGUUGUAACUUACAUGUGCUCUCUCCACGGAAUCAUUGACAAAGGGUUGGGAUGGAACACCAGUCAGAUUGACUUCCUCAAAUCCCUUCUACUUAACAGGACCUUGACUGCCAAGUUUGAGUACCAAAGCAUCUAUGAGAGGGUUUACUUUGUCACCUUGUAUGGAGAUGACAACACAAACAUGAACACUUUGUUUGGUUCCAAGGAAAGAUGUUUGCUUGAGCAUGACAAAAGACUUGGAGAUUAUGCUAUCCAAAGCACCACGUACAACCACCGGCUUUCAUCUCCAAAAGAAAGAAUCUCAACUUUUCCGCACACUGUGACGGAAAAAGGUGAAAAUACAGUAGAUAAGUCUCCAUCUGAAGAACUUGCUCUGAACUCUUCACACUUGGCUGUGGUUCAACACAUAUCCACUCCAUCAGAGUUUUGGAUCCAAACCAAGAAGUAUCAAAAGGAACUGGAGGAACUGUCAGAAAGAAUGAACCACAUCUACCAAGAUACAGUGAAAUUACAUGUGAAAAAUCCAACUCCUGGCCUUUACUGUGCUGCCCAAGCAGGAAAUGGGGAAUUCUACAGAGCAACAGUGACAGAAGUUGGUGAAACACAAGUCACAGUGUUCUUUGUUGAUUACGGGAACAAAGAAGUGGUUGACAUGUGUAAAAUCAGGAUCCUCCCUCCCGAAUUGAAAACAUUGCCACAGCUGGCACUGAAAUGCUCCUUGGAUGGUGUCAUGCCAAAAAAUGAAAAAUGGAGUCAAAAUGCCUUGGAUUUUUUCAUUCAGGCAGUUGCAGAGAAAGAAGUAAAUGUUCAUGUAAAAGCAAAAUACAGUGACUGCUAUUCUGUCCAACUAACAGAUGAUAAAGCACAUUGUAAGCAAAAUGUCAAUGCACAGGUGUGUCAUUACAUUCUCUCAGAAAGAGUUGAAAGUCAGAGACCACCAGCAGUUGAAGGCUUCAUGAAAGCUGCCUUUAAAAGUCCACCCCAUGUUGCUUAUGAAAGACUCCCAGGUGUGCAUAACAACAAUGGCAUCUCUUUCCAGUCUGCAUCUGGUCCUAUCAGCAUUGAGAAAAAAGUUCCUCCCUUUAAGGAGUACAAGUUUCCACUUGGUAGUUUCUUUGAUGUCAUUGUUUCCCACAUUGAAAGUCCAAAUGACUUCUGGUGCCAGUUGGUACAAAAUGCAGAGUGCUUGCAGUUACUUAUGCAUGACCUACAGGCAUAUUAUGCCAACAGUGAAUAUGAGCCCAAUGUAGAAACUGCUUGUGUUGCUCAACACCCUAAUAAUGGAAAGUGGUACAGAGCCCUUGUGAUUCAGAAACAUGAAACUCCUCUUGUGGAUGUUUUGUUUGUUGACUAUGGGCAUACUGUGACAGUGUCCCUUUAUGACCUCCGGAGAAUAUGUCCAAAUUUCCUCAACCUUCAUGGUCAAGCAUUUCGAUGCAGCCUGUUAAACCCAUUCAACACCACAUUGGCCAUAAAUGGAUGGAACGAAGAAUUGAUGGCAAGGUUCGAACGUUUUGUACAAACAACUGCAUCCAACUUCAUACCCUUGAAGUGCACAAUUCGUGCCAUCAUGUACAGUGAACAGAUGAUUGUUUAUAACAUUGUGGAUCUAGAAACCCCUUUUGAGAGUAUAAGCACGUGCAUUACCAAUAUGCUCACAAGAGGCCUUCCCAAGAAAGCCACAGAGCAGAAUCUCCAUCUGGACACAUACUACCACUCAACACACAAUGUCAAAACAGGGAAAGAGGAACACGUCACAGUGACAUUUGUGAAAAACAUCAAUCACUUUUACUGCCAGCUGGAUAAGAAUGAUGAUGUGAUUCAAAACCUCAGGAUGAAAGUGAACAGCCUUUGCCAGCAGCUUGAAAAGGUUAAACCUCCAGCAGUCUUUGGAACUUUGUGUUUUGCAAGAUACACUGAUGGGGAGUGGUACAGGGCUCAAAUCGUAGCCACAAAUCCAGCAGUUAUGGUUCACUUUGUGGAUUAUGGUGACACUAUUGAAGUGCACACAUCUGACUUGCUCCCAGUUCCAAAAGAGGCUCAUGACAUCAUGUCUGUUCCUGUACAAGCAGUUUUGUGUGGGCUUUCUGAUCUUCCUACUAAUGUGCCUUGCGAGGUGAACAAAUGGUUUGAGACAGAAGCAACCGAAUGCCAAUUUCAAGCACUGAUUGUGGCCAGACAACCUGAUGGCAAAUUGCUGGUAGAACUGUACCAAGAAAGCACUCAAAUCAAUGCAAAAGUUAGGAAAGAGUUUCACAUUGAGCUGCAAACAAAUGAGAAUGUUCUCCGUCAGGAUUGGAAAGAUGUUUCAACAAGUCAAAUAAAGAAUACAUCAACAAGUUUUCCAAACCAAAUGACAACAUCUGGAAAUAAUAAACAAGCUCAAAAAAAUAACUUCUCAGACUCCAAACAUGUGCAGGAAAGGAACAUUGCAGAAAAGUCGACUGAUGUCCAUCUGAAAUCUGCACAGAAAUCACUGAGUCAUUGUAAAAAUGGUCGCAUCAGACAGAAGUUCGAGCUAUAUAAACCUCCACAUCAAAGGCAACCAUGCGUUACAAUGCCAACUAACAGCUUCAUGCAAGGUAAAGAAACAAAACAGGGAAAAGAUGACCCACAGCCUGAAACCAAGCUAGCGGAUUCACAAACCCCCGAAACAAAAAACCAAACAGAAAAUUAUUCAGAAAAACUCCCUACACUUGCAGACUUGCCCUCAAAGAACAUCACACCUGGUAUGUCAGUGGAUGUUUAUGUGUCACAUUGCAACAACCCUCUAAGUUUCUACGUACAAUGUGUCAAUGAAGAAGCAGAGGUAGUUUCACUGGUGGAAAAGCUCAAUGAUCCAGAAUCAACAGCAGAAGACAAAAAUAUCAAAAGUGUCCUUCCUGGUGAUCUCAUUCAAGCAGAGUUUACAGACGACUUGUCAUGGUAUCGAGCAGUUGUCAAAGAAAUCUGUGGUGACUCAGUGGCUCUCGUUGAGUUUGUAGAUUUUGGAAACACAUCAAUGACGCCAGUUUUCAAAAUGGGCAGACUCCCCAAAUCUUUUGUGCAGCUGCCUGUAUACAGCACACAUUGUAUGCUGAGUAAUGCUGUUUUAGGAGAGCCGAGCCUGCUCAAUCCAGACAUUGUUUCGGCAUUCAAAGAAGACAUUGGUUGCUGUGGAGAAAGAGUAUUUCAAUGCAAGUUCAUUAGGCAGGUGGGAUCAAUGUGGGUGGUCAGUUUAAAAGUUGGUGGAGUUGAUAUUGUAUGUAAAGUUCCUAAUGAAGAAGACAGUGAAGUUGUCACAAAGAAACAAGUAAACGAGCAUUUAGCUCAGAUCACUGACGUCAGGCAUGAAGGAGAUGACAUGGAGAAAUCACCAGCAAACCUCUCUUUUACACGCUACCCAGAUCAAGAGGAGAUUCCAGAAGGGAAACAGUUAAAUUCAUACAUCACCACCAUUAAUGAUGACCUCACCAUGUGGUGUCAGCCUACUGAUUCACAGGAACUUGAUAAAAUAUCUUCAGAUAUUUCAGAAAUUGGCAAUUCAGCAGAUAAACUUAUCAACCCAGAGGUUCUUGUUCCUGGAAGCCCCUGCGCUGCUCUCUUUUCUGAUGAUCAGCUCUGGUAUCGUGCAGAGAUAGUUAACAAAUGUGGAGAUGAACUGUCUGUACGUUUUGUUGACUAUGGAAAUGAGUCCCAAGUCAACAUCAAAGAUGUCAAAGAAAUACCUCUGCUCUUGGUACAGAUUCCACCACAGGUGUUUCUGUGUGAGCUUGAAGGCUUUGACACUUCAUGUGGAUCCUGGAACAGUGGCGCAGCAGAGGAAUUGUCUACUCUUACUUCAGACCAAACGAUACAGCUCACUGUCACCAAUGUGACAAGAUGUAAUGGAAAAAUGAAGUGUCUUGUGCAGAUGAGCUGUGAAGGCCAAAUAAUAAAUGAGGUGAUGAAAGCCUGGUGGACGUGUUCCAAAACAACAGACAUGCCAGACUUAUUUAACCUCGCUGCUUCAUUUGAACCACUAGUGCAACCUGGUUUCACCACUUCAGCGCAAGAGGACCCACCAAACUAUCCUGAGCUCCAACAUGUUUUUAGUACAGAUAUUUCACAAAGCAAUAGUGAGGAGCAGAGUGCUGACAAGAUCACAGACGCAUCCAUGACAAAUGAAGUCCUAAAACUGACACAUGAAAAACAUGGCCAAUACUCUGAAUAUUCAAUUCAGAAUGUGUCUUUUGACAAACCUGCAAAGGAAGAGCAAGAUUUUACUGAAAAGGAAAAUACACUUGCUGCCACAGUGAUAUUUCCUAAGGAUAUUUUGACAUGUGAUGAUGAAGUGGAUGACACAUUUUGUUCAGUUGAUGACAAAGAUGGCCAAGAUGCUUUGUCCUUAAGCUGUAACUUGAUUAUGGCCACUGGUGAAGAAGCUGAUGAUGAAACUACUUCAGUGGUUCAUGAGAAUGCCCAAGAAGAUUGUCCGCUCAAGGAGAAUGUUAUCGAGGCCAUAGCUGAGCUGGAGAGCAAAACAUCUGACAAGGAAAAUACCUCUACCUACAGCUUGAACAAUGAGCCUUUUGUUGAUGCAGAUAACAUUAAACAUAAUGAAGUUGCCGUUUCCAUGGGUAACUCUGGGACUUGUUCAGCAGCACAAAUGGUUCCACGAAAUGCUGUUCCACAAAAGACCAUGGAUUCAGUUUUGGAUUUCUCAAAACGGGCCAAAUUAAGACCCUUCUCAGUCGAUGUCACUGUGCAGUUGCAAGAGAUCUCAGUAGAACAGAACAGCAAGGAUGGAGAUGAGAUCACUGAGGAGGAACUGCAUAGGAAGAUUCCAUCACAUGCAAAGAUUAAGUGUAUAAGUGACGAAGAUGCCUCAGCCUAUGAAGAAGAAUCCCUGCCAGGGAUUGUUAUCAGAAUCACAGAUGUAGCUCAGCAGCUCAAGGUCCCAGCCUCGUCUGCUUCCACUUCUGAUGAGGACAAACUGACUGAAGAUGACUCCUUGCCUCUUUAUGAUGAGAAACUUUAUGAUGAUGCUGACCCACAAAUUGACUCAGAUUUGAACAAGGUUGAUGAAUUGACAUCUCUUGUUGAAGAAAUCAGUUUGACAGACAUCAGACAAGACUCCGAAGACGCUGAAACCUUAACCGAGGACUGUGAUGAGCGCUCGCCAACUCCACCACAAAACAAGGGUCCAGAUGAAAGCACGCUGACAGAGCAAACAUCUGCUGCUGAAGACAGUUUUGAGGCGCAGCUAUCUAAGAUCACUCACCUCUCUCUGGUCAUAAAAGAUACACGGGAUGAUCUUCUGGCUGAAGACCAGUGUGAGGAGUGACUUCUUUUAUUUUUGUUUCAAGUUGUUCAAGUGCAUUAAGUUUGACUGUAAGUCAGAUCAGUUUGUGUUAUUUAGUUUGUUCUUACCUUUCAAUGCCAGUCUUGAUUUAAUGCAGGUCAGUUUUUUAAUCUAAUAUUUAGUUUCAUUAUUGCAUUAAAAACAUUAGUUACAAUACUGUAUUGUAAGAGUUGUACAAAGCGUAGAAGUUUAUCGUGGUCCACUGUUCUGCAUAUGUUCUAAAACACUGCCACAUAAAUUGACUAAGUUCAAGUUGUUAAAACUUUUAAAAUGCUUAUUUCAGUUUCAUUCUUGUGGUAUGCAACAAAUAGUUGUCUGCUGUGGACACGUUUUAAACAUUUUUGUGUUUGCAUAAUAAACUAGUUUGAGUGCA